AUGUCUGCAUUCAGAGCAGUGAUUUUCGAUCUCGGCGGAGUACUGUAUCCAUUCAGGGAUUACCGCAAAUUCCAAAGGCUCACAGCUAGAGGUAAGCCCAUUAUACGUUACUUUUUUUAUAAUAUUUUAUACUAUAUAGCAGCCUUCAACUAUAAAAUAGUCCUGAAGUUGUGCUAUUAUUCUUCAUUUUAACAUCUUCCUGAAAUAUUCUUGAAAAAAUUUUUAUUUGCACUACUGCGCCAUAUAGUCAUAAUAUUUUAGCCGCGGCAGAUCCCUGGAUCAAAGAAAAGCUAACCGGUUGGCAGGAAGGGAAGUAUCCAGUAUCAGAAAUCCAAGAUUUCAUUGUAGACGCAUUUGGAGAACUGGUAUGCAAAUUUUGUAUUUUAAUAGACCAACAUAUAAACUUAAAAAAGGUCAAAGUACUUAAACAUGUACUAGUUUUAAUCCUUGAUCAGAGUACUCAAAGAUCUACAACACAGUAAAUGUGUUUCUUAAAAACAAACUUUAAUACCAUUAACAGCUUAACAGUGAUAAAUUGUUUUGUUACUUGUAACACUUUUGGUCUGACUGGUCGAUAAACACCACUCUUUUGAAUUAACAAUGUUUCUUUUUACUCAUGUUAACAAUGUAAUGACAUGAACUUAUAAAUCAUCUUAUCAUAAUCAUUUUAGCCACCCGGUUGCACAGAUCUUGAAAACAUUAAGUUAGAUGAUGUCGUUGGGCCAAAAGUAAGUGAAAAAACUUUUUUAAGUUUAUAUAAAGUAAUCUUUUGAAAACACAUCUUUUAUUAUCUAUCCCACUCUGUAUCACACUAUUUUCUGACAGUAAAACCACUAGAUUAACCUAUAUCAUUUCAGCACGAAAAGAUAUGGACAGCCAUCGAGAAUAUUAAACUAAACGGUUUAAAAGUGGCUCUACUGACGAAUAAUGGCUUCUGGACCCCAAAGAAGCGACGAACUGUCAUCUGCGAUGACACCAGCUUAUUCGACGUUGUAGUAGAGAGCUGUAAAGAAGGUGUAUGCAAGCCUAAUCCCAAAAUAUUCCAGGUAAAUAAUAAUUGAUGUUUCUAUAACUGCGAAAAAAAACAACUUUUUUGUGAUAUAAUUAUAAUCACAUGAUUUAGUAACUCCUUUCAAGAAGAAGAGAGAGUUACACUACCUUUUACAUAGUAGAGACAGUGUAAAAAAAAGUGUAAAACCAUUCAAACCAUUAAAAGACCUUAUCUUACAGUAAAAACGCUUUUAAAGUCAAGCAUUCGAGUUGUAAUUGAUAACCGUUUUGAAGCCAAAGAACUGUUUCGUCACGUGAAUUCACUUUACAACGUCGCAAACAUAAAGUUACUUUGCAGUAACAACAUUAAUGUUUAUAGAUAACUUUGGACAGACUAGGACUACAAGGACCACAAUGUUUGUUCGUCGACGAUUUACCAAAGAAUAUCGAAGGAGCACAAAAGUUGGGCAUUCAUGGGAUACAGGUCAGUCAAUGUACUUAACUAUGAUAAUCAUACAAUUCAAAAUUUCAAAAAUAUAAACUGACGUCCAGCUUUUGAAGAAUUAAGCCAAAUUUUAAAGUUUUUUACAAUCACAAGCUUAUCUAUGACAACACGAUCAACCACUUUUUCCAGAUGAUCAAUCAAAACGAAGACCUGGUCGUCCAGAAACUAGAAGCCGCCCUCCAAGUACCUUUGAGAACGUUACCCAGCUACAGCACUGUAUCUCAACCUCUAGCACGGUCUUCAGCACGCCUAUAG